CUUCUUUUUUGUAUCAUGUCUAGUAUGAAAGGAACGAUGUCGACUUUUUCACUUUUCUAGUAGAUAUAUCGAGGAUGUAUCGCCCAGCAAAACAUCGAUGCAUCGUUUGCAUUCCUAACCAUAUUUGAAGAAGCAGAAGUUCACACAUUAGGAAUAUGGCUGUCGCUGCAGUGCAAAAAUUUCACUGCGGCGAAGUAUUUGUUACCACCAAUUUUUGUAUGAUUCUGGAGUGCAAAUCGUGCAAUGAACAAUUUGGUGUUUACACAACAUUUUUGAAUCACAUAUUUGAAAAACACUUCGAUGAUUGGAAUGCAUCAGAAAAGUCAAAACGCCAAAAACCUAAAAAAGUGGCGACUAUUACUGAGCAGGAGAUUCCUAAGCUUCCACCAGAUGAUCAAUACAUAGAAAUCGAUUCUAAGACUUUAAAGGAAUUUUCGUUGGAAAGUGACGAACAGGAUUUGAUAACAGAAGAAUUAACGCCAAUGGGUGAUGAUGUAGUGGUUGUAGAAGAAAGUAUAAUCGAAGAGGACGAGCGCCCUCACAAAACUAUAAAGCAAACUCCGAGACAGUUGCGGGCUUAUGACUCCACAGCCUCCGGCAGCAAAGGAAAAUAUAAGUGCAGGAUUUGCGGUUUCGCAGGUUCCGGCGCACAUAACCUGCGUGGCCAUGAGCUACGGCACACUAAUAUAAAGCCUUUCACCUGUCUAAAAUGUGAUAAAGCAUUCUAUACAAGCACAGAAUUGAAUGCACAUACCCGGCGGCACACUGGCGAAAAGCCGUUUGUCUGUGCUUACUGUGGCAAAAGCUUCACAACAGCUGGGAUGUUAACUAGCCAUGAAAGACGUCAUGGCCAACGGAAACAUAAAUGUGACCAAUGUGAGAAGAGCUUCUUUGAGGCUUCUCACCUACGAAUUCACGCUGUUGUACACUCCCAGGAACGCAAUUAUGAAUGUGAGACAUGCCACGCCAAGUUUACUCGCAAAAAAACACUAAGAACUCAUAUGAAAUUGCAUGAAAAUGCAUUAGGCUAUGAAUGUAUCAUCUGCCAUAUGCGUUUCAACCAGCGGCCUACGUUGCUAUGGCAUGUGAAGAGUAAACAUAACGUACUUCGAGCAGAUGCGGAAAUCAAAGCCUCUGUUAAACCUAUUGAUCUUAUCUGAGAGCCUGACUAGCAAAAUUAGGUUUGUUGUAUAAAAUAAAUCAACAUUGAAAGGAAAAUCUACAUACAUCACAGUUAUUGCAUAAAUAUAAAGAGAUUAAUUAGAAAAGAAAUGUGAAAAACUAGAGUAUAAAAAUA